AUGGGUUCCGUCGAAGCACCGAUUUCAAGCCGCAAGGCUCUGCCACCCUUACUCUCACCGACUCCCACUCCAAGAGAGGCCAUUGCUGACACGUUGGCUCGCUUCUGCAUGGGUAUGGACACCAACGACGUUGAGCUCUUCGACUCUGCGUUCACUGCAGACGCCUUCUGGGACCUGAGUGGCAAGAAAGUCUCUGGGUUGGAAAACAUUCACAAGGAAUGCUACUUCCACAACAUCGUCAAACUCGAUACCACACACAUGGUCAGCAACCUCCGCAUCGACAUCUCUCCAUCGGGGAACGCGGCACAACUGACCUGCCUCUUUGUUGCAUGGCACUGGCCGCUCGGUACUGGAAUGCACGUCGACUCGCACCGCUUCACAUCAGGCGGCAAUUACUUUUUUGAUGUUGUGAAGGAUGGUAGCUCGGGUCUGUGGAAGUUCACCAGAUUCGCGAUGACGAAGCAGUGGUCGGAGGGUGACAUUGCAGUGAUGGGCCAUAAGAAGCCAACGGAGAUGUUGAAAGUCGAGAUGAACAGCACGGCGCCCGUCGGAGAAACUUCCUAG